UCUAGCUCCAAUGCAUCAGUUUUCGUGCUCCACUGUGCUCCGGAAACAUGAAUACGACUUUGUGAGCGCAAUUCUUUUUACCGCGAGUGCGUGUGUUUUUUAACAAAAAUUGUUUAGUUACAAUACGUGCAUGUGCCAGUUUUUUUUUUUCGAUUGUGUAGUUUGUGUAACAUGUUCGUCGUGCGGUGUAUCACUCGCUCAUCGCAUUAGUCAGCGCUAUAACGCACAUAACGAGAAUUCACUCGGACACACUGAAGAAACUAGCUGCAAUAUUGUUAUACAUCUUCUAAACUGUAAAUAUUCCGUGUUUUCACCAUGGCUACAAUAUCACUGAGAAUUUCCAUACCGGAAAAAAAUGUCAUAAAAAUGAUGCAAUUUGAUCCAAGCAUAUCAGUCCAUCAUGCUUGUGAAGUGAUAAAAGACAAACUCGUCGAACAUGAAAUCAGUGGGUUAAUAGCAACAGAUUAUGGGCUCUUCUUACCUAGUGAAGAUGUCAGAAAAGGCGUUUGGCUCGAAUCAGACAGAAAUUUAGAUUAUUACAUUCUGAGGAACGGAGAUCUUUUGGAGUACAAAAGAAAAUCAAGAACAUUGAGGGUGAGAAUGUUGGAUGGAGCUUUAAAAACAGUAUUAGUCGAUGACAGUCAAACUGUUGCAAAUCUCAUGGUUGUCAUUUGUACGAAAAUCGGCAUUACUAAUCACGACGAAUAUUCACUAGUUCGCGAACUUCCAGAAGACGAAAACGAUGGCCAUAAGAAAGAUAAUUUUGGAACUUUGACUCUAAGAAGAAAGAAAGACGAUAAAGGCGAAAAAAAUUCCAAAAUGGAUCAAUUGAAAAAGAAGUUAAAGACUGACGACGAAGUUAAUUGGAUCGAUCCAUCUAAAACGUUGCGAGAACAAGGUAUUCCCGAAUCAGAAACGGUCUUGUUGAGACGAAAAUUUUUCUUCUCCGAUCAAAAUAUCGAUGGUAGAGAUCCAGUUCAACUGUCGCUUCUAUACGUUCAAGCCAGAGAUGCGAUUUUAGAUGGAACGCAUCCUAUCGUUUUGGAACAAGCGUGCGCAUUUGCAGGUAUUCAAUGUCAAAUUCAGUUCGGCGACCACAAAGAGGACAAGCACAAAUCUGGGUUCUUGGACUUGAAAGAAUUUUUGCCUCAAUCUUAUUUGAAAAUAAAAGGAGUCGAGAAGAAAAUCUUUGCGGAACACAAAAAGCAUCGUGGUUUGUCGGAAUCCGAGGCGAAAGUCCUUUACACAAAGACUGCUCGAUCUCUCAGUACUUACGGAGUAACUUUCUUCUUGGUGAAGGAAAAAUUGAGAGGAAAAAACAAAUUGGUUCCCCGACUGUUGGGUGUCACGAAAGAUUCGGUCUUGCGUCUGGAUGAGAAGACGAAGGAAAUUUUAAAGACGUGGCCUCUGACAACGGUGCGUCGUUGGGGUGCCUCGCCAAACACAUUUACUCUGGAUUUCGGAGACUAUUCCGAUCAGUAUUACAGCGUUCAAACGACCGAAGCUGAACAAAUUCUGCAAUUGAUAUCCGGAUACAUAGACAUUAUCUUGAAGAAGCAGAAAGCCAAAGACCACUUCGGUAUCGAAGGAGACGAAGAAUCGAGCAUGGUGGAGGACAGCGUGUCCCCCGUGCGGGCGACGAUUAUGCAGCACGAAUCGAAGCGCGUCGAGAGGAGAAACGUCAACUCGCACUCGGUGGCCGUGCCUUCGAUCAUGAGAUCGAGCUUGAACGGUGCUAGGAAUUUCGAAUUCAGCGAACUGUCCGGUGCUCAGUACACCACGACGAGCAGACAAGCCAACAUGGUCUAUCCACCCGGUACGAUGACCGCGCCUCCCUCGUACAUGUCGCAGCCGCAGAGAGCCGCUCUCGAGUCGACCAUCAUUUCGGGUCGCGAGAUCAUCGAGACGGCGGAAAUGGAGCUGUCGCGCAGGACCAUGUUCCCGGAAAUAGGCAAGGACAAUGCGUCCAUCAAGUGGAGAGAGCAGACCAUCGACACGCACAAGCAGAACAUCGGCUCGCAGAUGGCCGCGAUGAACGCCGCCGUGGCCCAGGUAGUGACGCUGACCUCGAAGACUUACGAGGAGGUCGACCACGACGCCGUGGGUGCCGCCAUUACCACCAUCACGUCGAACCUGCCCGAGGUAACGAAGGGAGUGUCGAUGAUCGCUGCGUUGAUCGACGACGAGUCGACCGGAGACAGACUUCUGGACGCCGCCAGGAAGCUGUGCUUGGCUUUCUCCGACUUGCUGAAAGCCACGGAGCCGGAAACGAAGGAGCCGAGACAGAGCCUCCUGAACGCGGUCACCCGCAUCGGGGAGGCAUCGCAGCAGGUCCUCACGACCAUGAGACCCGAGGACGAGACCCAGCAAGAACAGCAGGACGUUCUUUUAUCUUUGGCCAAAUCCGUCGCCAAAUCCACUGCCGCUUUGGUUCUGAAAGCCAAAAACAUUGCAUUCCAGUGCGAAGACUCGGCCCUGCAGAACAACGUCAUCGGAUGCGCGACGAAUUGCGCCUUCUCGACCUCGCAAUUAGUGGCCUGCACGAAAGUCGUCGCGCCGACUCUCGACUCACCCGCUUGUCAAACCCAAUUGAUAACCGCCAUACGCGAGGUGACCAAAGCCGUCGAGCAGUUGGUCCAGGUCUGCGACAGCGAGUGCACCAACGAGGUGUCGCUGAAGGAGCUCAGCCAGGCCGCCGCCAACGUCACCAAAGUCCUCAACGACUUGCUGAUGCAGGUCAAGCUGGCUAGCAGGAACGAAGGCACCGACGAGCCGGACCAAGAGAAGUACGUGGAGACCAUCCUCAUGGCGACCAAUAAACUGUUCAGCAUGCCCAACGAGACCGAGGAGAUAAUUCGCCAAACGAGAAUCGUCGGACAAGCCACUGCCCAGCUGAUUCAGAGCAUCAAGAGCGACGUGGGCAAGCAGAACGACUCGGAGCACCAGCAGAAGCUGCUCAUAGCCGCCAAGGCUCUCGCGGACGCGACCGCCAAGAUGGUAGAGGCCGCCAGACAGUGCGCCAGCGCUCCCCAAGACACCAAGAGACACGACAACUUGCGCGAAGCCGUCGAGGAACUUCGCGAAGCCACGACCGUUGCCGCCUUGCCCGCCAUCAAGGGUAGCCUAAUCAGCAAACUCAGGACCAAUUCCAAGCUCGCGGCCUCGGCGGCGGCUCAGUGCGCAGCUGCCGUCUCGGGCGUGACCAAAUUCAACAUGAACAGCGCCACUCAGCGCGAUCUCAACGAGAACUGCCAGAAUAUGAUGCAGCAUAUUCCCACCUUGAUAACCGAAAUAAAGAACACAUACUCGAAGCCGCACAGCUCGUCGGCCCAAUUGAAUCUCAUCAACGCCUCGGAGGACUUUUCGCUGUCGUGCGUCACGGUCUUGAAAGCCAUCAAAUCGACUCUGCCUACAACUUCCGACAACGCAUCGAUCAUAUACUUGAAAGACAGUUCGCUGUAUCUGGGCUCGGCCUUGACCGAUCUGAAAUCCGUGGUGACUCGUUCCAAGGAAGUUUUCACUGGAUUGGAGUUCGAAGCAGCCGAUGAAAUGUUGACGAAUUUGAGAACCGAAUUGCAGGAUUUGAACGAAGCCAUGAAGACCAAUUCUCUGAAGCCUUUACCCGAAGAAACUUCUGAAUCUACCUCGAUCAAGUUUGGCUCAGCCUCUAAAAUGAUCGAAUUCACAAUGGCCAAGCUCUUGUCAGCUUGCAAACAAAACAACGAAAUAUUCAUUAAGAGGACCACCAACGAAUUCGCCGAUAACAUGAAAGAAUUCGUAUCUUCCGUAAGAGGUGUCAUCGCUACCAACGAGAGCCACGUGCAAGGCGAGAUUUUGAACAACGCCUUCGACGUACUGAAUCUGUCCGACAAAUUGUUGAAGCAGGCCAAAAAUUGCAGCGAAAGUUACACCGAGCAAGACUUCGAGCAUUUGACGCACAUAAGCAAAGAAGUGAUCCACUCGCUCGACACUUGCGUGUCUAGUCUGCCGAAUCAGAGAGAUCUGAACGACGCCAUCGGACACAUUCAGCACCUCAGCGACACCUUCGAAUCGGACCUACCCCCACCGUCCGACAAAUCCUUGGGUCAGCUGCAAUCCGAGCUCAGCGCGUCGGCCGUUCGUCUCAACGACAUCUCCGCGCAGUUCUUGAACUACGUGCAGAAUCCCAACGAGCUCUCGUUCGCCACGAAACUGUAUCUUCAAGCUCUGGGCGGUACGCUGGAAACCGUGAAGGAGAUACAGCAGCGUACGUCGCAAGAGGUUCAGCCUCAGGUCGUUCAUUCGGUUCAGAAUAUCUGCAAGAAUUCCAUCCAGCUGUUCUCGCUGACCAAAUCCAUAGCCAUGGAUCGGCAAACUCCGAACGCCAAGAAUCAACUGACCGCGGCCUCCAGAAAUGUGACGGACUCCAUCAAUCAGCUGAUAGACAUCUGCUCGUCUUCCACCGUUGGCCAAAUCGAGUGCGACAAUUCAAUCAGAAAUAUUCAGUCUAUGCUUCCAUUGCUCAACAAUCCGAACGAGCCCAUUUCGGACGCCACGUACUUCGAGUGCCUGGAUGACAUUAUCGAGAAGAGCAAGAUUUUGGGCGACGGUAUGACCGGUAUCGCCAAUCAUGCCAAGAACACCGAGCACGACAAAUUCACGGAUUCCAUCAAGAACGUGUCCGACUCGAUUUGCGGCCUCAUUCAGGCGGCUGCGCAAGCGGCCUACUUGGCCGGAGUCAGCGACGUGUCGAGCGCCUUCGGCAAACCGGGCCUGAUCGAUCAGUCUCACAUCUUCAGAGCUGCCAACGCCAUUCAGGUGCAAUGCCAGACGUUCGAGAACUCGAUUUACACGCAGGAGCAGCUGUUGACCGUGGCGACGCUGAUCGCCAAGCACACCAGCUCUCUGUGCAACGCCUGCCGAGUCGCCUCCAACAAGACGAAGAAUCCCGUGGCCAAGAGGUACUUCGUGCAAUCGGCCAAAGACAUCGCCAGUUCCACGGCCGUGCUCGUGAAGGAGAUCAAAAAUCAGUACCCCGGCGAGACGGAGAGCAACAGACGAGAUCGCUACGAGAAGACGAAACCGCUGCUGGAAGCCAUCGACAACCUGUGCGCCUUCGUCAGAUCGCCCGAGUUCGUGAGCCAACCCACUCAGAUAUCCUCGGAAGGCAAGAUCGUCCAGAAGCCCAUCAUCAACGCCGCGCAGUCCAUAAUCGACAGCUCGUGCGCGAUGAUAUCGUCGGCCAAGAGUCUCGCGGUCACCCCCAAGGACCCGCCGACCUGGCAGCUGCUGGCCAAUCACAGCAAGAACGUCAGCGACUCCAUCAAGUCGCUCGUCUCCUCCAUCAGAGACAAGGCCCCGGGCCAGCGCGAGUGCGACUCGGCCAUUCAGAGCAUCACCCAGCGAAUCCACGAGAUCGACACGGCGGCCAUGAACGUCAUAUCUCAGAGCUACAUACCGCACACGAAGAACACCAUCGAGAGCUUCAUCGACAUGAUCAAGAACAGCUCUUGCGAGCUGCACGAGAAGCUGGUGUUCCUGUGCACCUCGGCCAAAUUCGAGACGCAGAACAUCGGCCACUCGGUCACGCAGGUCACGCUGUACAGCGAAUCCUUGAUAAGCAGCGGAAUCAAGCUGGCCUUCUCUCUGAAACAGCAGAAGCAACAGAUCCAGCUGUUGGACCAGAUAAAAACCGUGGCUGAAUCGAUUUUGCAGCUGAUUUACGUAUCCAAAGAAACGGGCGGAAAUCCAAGGGCCAAGAAUCUUCACAGCAAUUUGGACGAAACUGUCAACACCGCUCACGAGUCUCUCAACGAUUUGGAAAAAACAGUCGAGUCAAUUUCCAUAUCGAACGGUGCUACCUCUGGAUUGGUCGACGCCAUCACCCAAUCGCUUUUGGCCUUGGAAGAUCACGAGAUCCUCGACUCUGAAAACGUCGAUUCGUUGGGUAAUUAUCAAUCGAUCAUGAUCGAUUCGUGCAAAGAGAUAUCCCGAAUCGCCAGCAAAAUCAGUACGAAUCUCGAUAACAAAGGCACGGACCUCACCUCUCUCGCUGCUCAGUUGUCGCAAAAUUAUUGCAAGCUGGCCAACAGCGGCAGACACAUAUUCGCCGUACUGUCGAACGAGCACACGUUGACCAAGCUGCGCUUAAUCGUUCAAGAGGUCGGCAAAAGUUGCAUCGACAUCGUACAGUCCAUCGGCAGAUGCGAGAUGCAGUCGGGCGACUUCUACUUCCAUCAGGAGAUACGAGAAAGUUGCAAGAACGUGACGGAAAAGAUCGGCCAGAUAUUGUCCGUUCUGCAAAUUGGGUCGCAAGGAACUCAGGCCUGCAUCAAUGCGGCCAGCACAGUCUCCGGUAUCAUCGGCGAUCUGGACACCAUCAUUCUGUUCGCCACUGCCGGUACCUUGUGCGCCGACCGGGAGAACGAGCGAUUCUCCGAUCAUCGUGAGAACAUCCUCAAGAGCGCCAAGGCACUCGUCGAAGACACGAAGACUCUGGUUGCCGGAGCCGCCUCGUCGCAGGAACAACUGGCCGUGGCCGCUCAGAACGCAGUGUCGACGAUUAUUCAUCUCUCAGAGAUGGUCAAGCACGGCGCCGCCAGUCUAGGUAGUAACAACACCGAGGCCCAGGUGAUGCUGAUCAACGCCGUGCGCGACGUCGCCUCGGCUCUCGGCGACCUCAUCCACGCUACCAAGGGUGCCAGUGGCAAGCUCAUCAACGACCCGAGCAUGACUCACCUCAAGGACUCGGCCAAGGUAAUGGUGUCCAACGUGACUUCUCUGUUGAAGACGGUCAAGGCCGUCGAGGACGAGCACACUUGCGGCAAUCGAGCUCUCGAGUCGACCAUCGAGGCGAUCGCCCAGGAGCUGCAGUUCCCGAGCACUUCCUCCACGCUGGACGACAUCACGCCGGAGGACCUCAUCAAGUGCACGAAAAAUAUAACGACCUGCACGGCCAAGACGGUGGCCGCUGGAAACAGCUGCAAGCAGGAGGACAUAAUCGCCGCUGCAAACAUGGGCCGUAGAUUAAUCAACGAGCUGUUCAUGAUAUACAAGACGACCCUGAAGUGCUAUCCGGAAUCGGAUGAAAUAAGGGAUCGUCUUUCCUCGGCUACUUACAACAUUGCUACGAAUUACAAAGAACUGCUGGAGUUGGUUCUACAGAUCUCGACGAGAUCGGGCGACCGUAAACACCUUCUGCUGCCCGCCUCGAAGAAGAUCUCGCAAAACGUGACGGAACUGGUGGCGGUAGCACAAAUGAUGUCUUCCAACGGUCUCUUGGACCUGAACAAUCCCUACGACUUGGCCGAGAACGAGCUCCUCGGUGCCGCCGCCAGCAUCGACACUGCCGCGAAAAAGUUACAAGGCCUCCAGCCUCGCAAGAGCUUCCAAGCCAGCAGCACGGAGGAGUUCAGCUACGACGAGAUCAUUCUCGACGCGGCCAAGUCCAUCGCGGCCGCGACGUCCGAUCUGAUCAAGGCCGCGAGUAUCGCACAAAUGGAGCUCAUGCUCGCCGGCAGGAUAGCCAAAAAUCCGGUGACCAAUUCCGACGACGGCCAGUGGUCCGAGGGCCUCAUAUCCGCCGCGAGAUUGGUGGCCGCCGCGACGCACAGCCUGGUGGACUCGGCCAACACCUUGGUCCAGGGCUUCGGCAGCGAGGAGAAGCUCAUCUCCAGCGCCAAGCAGGUCGCCAGCAGUACGGCUCAGCUGCUCGUGGCCUGCAAGGUCAAGUCGGACGCCGACAGCGCGAGCAUGAAGGUGCUGCAGGCCGCCGGGAGCGACAUCAAGCGCGCCACCGACAAUCUGGUCAGGACGGCCCAGCAGGCCAUUCAGCACGAGGAGGAGCGAUCGCUGAUCCUGAAUCGGCGCAUCGUCGGUGGAAUCGCUCAGGAGAUCAACGCCAGAUCCGAGGUGCUGAGAAUCGAGAAGGAGCUGGAGGAGGCCAGAGGACGCCUCACCGCCAUUCGACAAGCCAAAUAUAAAAACAAAAACGAACAGUCGGAGAACGACGAUUCGGUCAUUAUGGAAUCCAACACGCCGCCGCAAAUGGUGUCGUCGUUGUAAUCGAGUAUAGAGAAUUUAAUCGAUUGAAAUUUUUAUUUGUUUCGCUCAAAUCUCAUGUGUAGAUUAGAAAACGUGCUUUACGAUGAAGAAUGUCACAAGUUAAUUUUUGUAAUGUUUUAAAAGUAUAUAACAUAGAAGUAUAUAUUUAUAAAAGCCUAGAAUUUAUAAAAAUAGGUCAACAGUGCCAGCUUAUCUCAUUCAUUCUUUUUUCAAUAUUAUUCAUUGUUCGGACAGAGUUGAUGCGAACACGGCUUACACAUUCGAAAAUUAUUAGUUAAAUUUCAAAGUACUAACCCGUAAACAAAGUAUUGGUGCCUUAUUCAAUGCGGACUGUACUAAUUUAUUGAAUUCAUAUGAUGAAUAAUAAAUGUUGGUAUAUAUAUUAUAUAUAUUAUUAUAUAAAGUGUUGUAUAGUUUAAUAAAAAUAUUGUUUUUAAAAUAAAAUUUUGUAAUUCAACUUUUCCUAGACUCGGUUUAAAGCGUGAACUUAAGCAGCUAGUCAUAGUAAAGCAAAUAACAUACUAAAAUAUUUUUAAGAGUUUACAUGGUUGACCUGAACAGCUAAUCAAAAUAACCAAAAAUUUAUUUGCUUAGCGUAGAACGGCAAUCGAAAAUUCAAAUGAUUG